GUCUCAGUUUUCAGUACUCAGCCAGUUACAAUGGCGUCUUCUCUCUCCCCUCCGGAGGUCCCGAUGGAGCUCCACGCCAAGAACAGAGAGAAACUCCUUAAAUCCCUAACCCAGCACCUCUCAACCUCCUCUCGCCCUCUCCAAGGCUUCGUCUUUCUCCAGGGUGGUGAAGAGCAAACGCGUCAUUGCACCGAUCAUGUAGAACUCUUCAGGUUCGUUUCAAUGGAUAUUAUAUUUGAUGCAUUCAGUAGUCCAUUUGUGGUUCAUGCUUUCGAAUAUAGUUUAAAGCUGCGUUUGCAGUAUGGAAUCGGUGUCUUGAGAUUGCAAUUGGUUAAAAGUUACAAAAAUUCAUAUGAGGAAGUUGGAGAGAAACCUCUAUAUUAUCCACUAAUUUUAUUGUGGCAAAAGAUAGCUGAACUAAAUUGGAGUUUUGCUGAUGUCAGGCCAUUUACCUCUAUGCUUUGCCCAAUUAGUACCAGAAUUCAAAAUAAAUUUCUCACAAGGCAGAGGCUGGGGAUUCUAAUCUUGGAGGAUGAGAUAGAAAUCCGUGAGGGGAUUGACAAGUUUAAGAUGGAUCUAAAUACUUUGCAUCCUAUUUUGACCGAGUGCCGUGUUACAAAGUCGGAACUAGAGCUUACUCUCAUUCAGUUCGCCAACGAUAUAAGCUCCGAAGCUCAUGUUGAGGGGAUUGACAAGUUUAAGAUGGAUCUAAAUACUUUGCAUCCUAUUUUGACCGAGUGCCGUGUUACAAAGUCGGAACUAGAGCUUACUCUCAUUCAGUUCGCCAACGAUAUAAGCUCCGAAGCUCAUGUUGAGGUUAUGAGGAACGCAAAAGUGGGCAUGAAAGAGUAUCAGUUAGAAAGCUUGUUUCUUCAUCACACCUAUAUGUAUGGUGGCUGUAGGCAUUGUUCAUAUACAUGCAUAUGUGCUACUGGUGACAACAGUGCUGUGCUGCACUAUGGUCAUGCAGCUGCUCCAAAUGACAAGACUUUACAAGAGGGAGAUAUGGCAUUGCUUGACAUGGGAGCUGAAUACCAUUUUUAUGGUUCUGACAUAACUUGUUCCUUCCCAGUAAAUGGGACAUUUAAUCGAGAUCAAUCCCUCAUAUAUAAUGCUGUUCUUCGUGCCCACAAUGCUGUCAUAUCCAGUAUGCGGCCUGGAGUAGGAUGGGUUAAUAUGCACAAAUUAGCUGAAAAAACUAUCCUUGAGUCAUUGAACGAAGGAGGCAUUCUUUUCGGCGAUAUUGAUGCUAUGAUUCAUGAGAGACUGGGUGCUAUUUUCAUGCCUCAUGGCCUGGGACACUUAUUGGGAAUCGAUACCCAUGAUCCUGGGGGUUACCUACAGGGAGCGGAAAGAUCGAAAGAACCCGGAUUGAAGGCGUUGCGUACAACUAGAGAACUCUUGGAGGGAAUGGUGAUAACCGUGGAGCCUGGAUGUUAUUUCAUUGAUGCUUUGCUAGUUCCUGCAAUGGAAAAUCCGAAAACAUCAAAAUAUUUUAACAUUCAAGAGAUAAACAAAUUUAGAGGUUUUGGCGGGGUUCGAAUCGAAAGUGACGUGUAUGUCACCUCGAGUGGUUGUGUGAACAUGACGAAGUGCCCGCGGGAGAUACAAGAGAUCGAGGCAGUAAUGGCUGGUGCACCCUGGCCUAUACCCAAGACAACUAUUCCUUCUGCAAAUGGAGAAAUCUAAUCCAUCAAGUACCAAAAUUGAGCUUGCCAGAUAAUACAUUGUAGUUUCCUUUACGGAAUUAUAAAGGUGAUGCAUAUUUCGUCCUUGUGAUUCGAAGUUCUAAAUAAAACUUGAAGCAAUGAAAACAUUCAUUGUCAGCUGGGCAAGUGUUUAGAUUCAUUCAGUACUUCUCCGUCUGAUCUAAAGAUUGUACAAGCUUUGAAUAAGGAGUUCUAAUUAUAUAAAUCAUUGCUCUGUAUUAUGCUUUGGUUAAUUGAGGAAAGAAACAUGUUAUCUCAUGACAGAUUUCCUUU